UGACGUCACUUCCUGUACUUCCUGCUUAUUCAAGAUGGCGUCGUGGGGAAUGAAGAUGAGUUUGUGGGAGAAUGGACCAAAACCCGGACAGUUUUACUCUUUCCCCGGCGGCAGCAGCAGCGGGACGGGCACAUCCUGUGGUCCGGUCCGACACACGCUUAACCCAAUGGUAACCGGGACAUCAGUACUUGGUGUGAAAUUCACAGGCGGCGUUAUCAUCGCAGCUGAUAUGUUGGGCUCAUAUGGCUCUCUGGCUCGAUUCAGGAACAUCUCCCGCCUCAUGAAGGUAAACACCAACACCAUCUUGGGGGCAUCAGGAGACUAUGCUGAUUAUCAGUAUCUCAAGCAAACUAUUGAACAGAUGGUGAUUGAUGAAGAGCUGCUUGGUGACGGCCACAGCUACAGUCCAAAGGCCAUCCACUCCUGGCUGACCAGAGUCAUGUACAACCGGCGAAGCAAGAUGAAUCCUCUGUGGAACACUGUAGUCAUUGGAGGUUUCUACGAUGGGGAAGGUUUCCUUGGUUACGUGGAUAAGCUUGGCGUUGCUUAUGAGGCUCCAACAGUGGCCACAGGUUUUGGAGCAUACUUGGCCCAGCCUCUUAUGAGGGAGGUGGUGGAGAACAAGGUGGAGAUCACCAAACAGGAGGCGCGGGAACUGGUGGAGCGCUGCCUGAAAGUGUUGUACUACAGAGAUGCUCGCUCCUACAACAGGCAUGAGAUUGCCAUAGUAACGGAGGAGGGUGUGGAGAUCAUUGGUCCUCUGUCAUCUGAAACCAACUGGGACAUUGCUCACCUGGUCAGUGGGUUUGAAUGAAGACGUACUGCAACUGUUUCCCUGCUGCAACAAAAGCAACUAAUCACACGCAACUUAGGAAUUCCACUUUAGUUUCUAUCUGUUUACGGUCACUUUUGUAAUAUGGAAAAUAAAUAUGAUAAAUGAAAAAACAA